AUGUCGAUUCAGAGCCAAAUUUAUCAUCAAGCUGGUUCGUUAUUGCCAUAUCCCGACGCUGAUUAUCAAUUUUUGCAAAUUUAUUUUAUUGGUGAUGAAAAUCGUGAAUUGGAUAAACGUUCUGCAAUUGCUUUGAAUACAAGACGAGAAAUUAUUUGUGAGCUACAAAGGUUUUUCCAUCAGCAUAACGCAUUAGUUCAAUUGUUCAAAAUUGCUCUCGAUCGUAUGCCCUCUGAUCAUCACAAAAUCGUAAUAAGGGCUGAUAGAACACCUUUUGGAGAGCAUGAAAGGCGAUUCAAUGCACCGACAAUUGAUGAGGUUGCAAUUGUAAUUCAUGGUGAACAGUUUCAAUCGCGUGAUAUUAUACUUCAUCGUAAAAAUGACAAACUGCAACGUGUUUCGGAACUUCAUCGUAGUUACGACGCAUUACAAUACCCAAUAUUGCAUUGGAAAGGUGACGAUGGCUAUAAUAUAAAUAUACCAAUGAUUGAUCCACGAACAGGUCUACAUGUACAGAAAAAAGUUAGUGCCAUGAAUUUUUAUUCUUAUCGAUCGAUUGCUCGUCCACAAGAACAAAAUUAUAUCUUGAGAUGUCAAGAUAUUUUAAUUCGUAUGCGUCAUCAUGCAAGAAAUCCUGAUUUGUUGAUAACUUUGGAAAUGUACAACGAAGCUUUGAUAAUAAUUGAAAAUAUGUGUCUACGGAUUGCAAAUAAAACAUUAGUACAAUUGGGUAUGACCGCACCAAAUCGUGACAUGCAUGAUCUGUUUGAUCGUGAGUUGCAACGUGAGCAGGAAUUCAAUUCUAAUGAUUUGCGUUUAUUUGUACAAUCGAAUAUAACCAAAAUGAAUAUUCAUCAAAAACAUGUCUAUGACACAAUCAUGCAAGCCAUUUCCAAUAAUGCAGAAUUACAGAAACCAUGA